AUGGAGAAAAUAAAGGACGUGGGAAAAACCAAGGCUUCGUCCAAAGAGACACCGAGGACAACACCAGUUAUGAAACGCAGUAAACAUAAGGGCGAAAAGACGAAGGAACCAAACCAGAAGUUAGACACAGCGGAAAUCACCUCACCCCUAGAUGUCAACGUUGUAGCAGCAGCAGCACUCAAAGCUAUGACAACCAAAUCUGAAGAAGCAAAGGAAGCCGCAGCUUCCCGUGCUCACCAACAACGAGAAGAGCUCAAGGACAAGAUUUCCCAAAGCAUUGGAGCAACGCAUCAACACGGUGAAGCAAAUUCUAAAGCACCAGAGCCGAACCAUGACCGAAGGAUCUUCGUGACAAAUCCCGAGCCAUUAAACCGAGGAGCAACCAGAGGAAAUAGGUCAUCCGACCCAGAUUUUGUGUCGGAGGAUUCAUACUACUUUGAUAGUGAGAACCGAAAAUCAAAGCAAUCUGCAAUCCGAGAAGACCAUCAGCGUGCAAUGGAGGACCUUCGUACCGAAAUGAUGGUUGAAAUCAAGCAACUGAAAGCAAGGAGGAGGAAAAAUAGAAGAGGUGAUAAAAAAAGCCAACACCACCCCACCGGUUCCACAUUUGGCCAAAGCUCUCAUUCCACAUUUGAUAGUGAGAAUCAAAAAUCAGAGCGAUCUGCAAUCCGAAAAGACCAUCAGUGUGCAAUGGACGACCUUCGUACCGAGAUGAUGGCCGAAAUCAAGCAACUGAAAGCAAGGCAAGGAGGAGGAAGACUAGAAUAG